GUUGAGAAAGGCUCAUACGUGCUGCGGGAGCGUGUGGGACGGCUGGCUGGUGCAUCAGCGGCACAUUCAAAGGGACGACCGUUGCAGCGUGGAAGCGAAGUCUCGAAGAAAGGUCUGUGCUCCUGAAGACAUGGCCACUUUUGGACGUUCUUCAAGAUGGACUCGGCUUGAGAAUUCGCCUGCUGCAAAGAAGCCACUCCAAGCGAGCCAAAAGCCAGCCGCUGCUGGUCAGAAGCUCGGCACAGUGGUGCAAAAGCCGGCAAACCAAUCGCCACAGAGAACACCACUGCGACCGCCAAACAGGAUCGCAGCACCAAAGACCGCGGCUGGCAAGGAGAUUUCUCUACUGUCCCAGAGCCUGAAGAAGGCUUCCAUCAACGAGGAGGAGGAGGAGCCUGUUGUAAAUGCCCAGGCAUUCUCUGCCUCUCUACUGCCACCCGGGGUGCCAGACAUCGAUGCAGCCGACCUCAACGAGCCACAGAUGUGUGCCCAGUAUGCACAGGACAAUUUCGACUACAUGGCAUCCCUUGAGGCCCCCAGUGAAAAGACGAGCAGCGUGGACCAAGGGCAAUCGCCUACAAUCUGCUCCAGUGCAGAUGGGACCAAGCUGCGCCCUGUGGAAGUUCACAGUGCCACAGCACGAACAUGCCUGAAUGUGCCAAGUCCCGAACCGGUUGUGCCGGUUCCAGAGGACAUUCCUCAGAGUCCUGAAGAGAAGGCUGGCGACCUUUCCAUGGAAGAGAUGCACAACAAGCUCGAUUGCUCAGAGAGCUUCUUCGACUUGCCUGAGGAAUUCAAACUGGAGGACAAGCACUUCGAGGUGUUUAGGGACCUGCGUGGCGCGAGGCAGCAUCUUAGGCGCAGCGUGGCGGUUGUUUCACCGAUUCCCCAGAAAUUCCACCCCCGCCCGUGCUGGACUUGGGCUACAUGGAAGAUGACUUUGUGGACCUGGAGGCAAUCGACAAGCCUGUUCCACAAAGCGUACUUCAGUUUGUGCCUCUGGACUGAGCAAUUUCCACGUCUGUGCCUUCAAUCUGCGACUGCCCACGUCUGUUCCUGGUCAACUGAGCUAUGUGCAGCGUGCACUGCUUUCAAGUCUUUAUAUUUUUUUCUGUGAGAGGCAGCACAUCAUCGGGACUCCAAGCAUUCUGCAGCAAAGAAAAUAUAAUCUGGCAGCUUGGAUUGUGUGCUGUGUCUGCCUCCUUACCUUUUAGGUGCCUUCUGACCAACACUUUGCUGUAUACUUUAGCCAUAAGAACAUACCAGAACAGAGUGUAAAUAAAGUGUUUAAAAAUUA